UUCGACCAAAUCACCUGCAAAGCUGUCUUCGCCGAGAGCCGCGAGGCUACCCACCCGAUCCUCAACUAUGGUCACGGCUUCCGGCCGCUCGAAGACAUCUAUGCGGACUACCUCCAGAUGAUCACGGAGAACAAGAUCGAGGCGCGGGUGGAUGGGCAGUGGCCUACUGGGGAUAUCGGGACUGACACGCUGUGUGACUCUACCUUUGAUACGACCGGCCCGUGGCGGAUCCAUACGUAUACCGCCGCCGAUGUCGACAAGGCCGUGCAAGCCUUCCAGGACCUGGUCCAUGAGAUCGAGAUCCGAUUACCCAGCAGCAGCAGCAGCAGCAGGGAUUCCGCACAGCUAACGCUCCCCUGGUCCGAUCCCGCCGUGCGCUCAGAAGCCCAUCUCGUCCCCAACAGCUUCAUCAACCGCUUCUGCACCGCAACGAGUGCGGCCAUCCCCCGCCCGGUUCGCUUCCGCUACCUCGCCCCGGGAAUCCGCCUCCCGACCGAGGCCGAAUUCCGCGCCCAACCGCUGCAAAAUCUCGAAUAUCAAUCUGCCAUGCGCCGUGCACUCCCCGUAGCGCGGCCGAUCAAGCCCACCCUCCUCUUCCUCGCCGAUGACCCCGCCGCCAACACGCCGGGGCAGACGGUCACGACCGUCCCCAUCCCCGAUCUCUGCCUCAACUCCCUCCUCGCAGACUUCGGCGACGACAAGCACCGACGAACCGCGGCCUCGCGCCCCGCCGGCCUGUAUUUGACGGCCGACGAUCGCAGGGUCAAAAGCUGCGAGAACGGCUGCCGCCUGCUGCUGCCGUUUGGGAUCGGGCGCCACGGCUGGGCCCGCCUCAGCGACGGCACGUGCAUGGGCGGCAAUCCGUGGUUGGAUGAGGACCCGGCGGAUGCCAAUUAUGAUCUGUAUCAGUGCGAGUUCAUCGGGUUCAUCCCCUUGCGUGACACCCCGCUGCACCAGGUGCUGGAGAGCUGGGCGCAGCGGGUGCGGGCGGGGGAUUGGGCUGAGGGGGAGGAUGGGGUGGCCGACGGGGUGGAGCAGUGGCGGGAGGCCGACACGGAGGCUGGCUGGCGGAAGUAUUGGGUCCCGGUGCGGUGGUGA